UUGACUCACGGGCCAUACUUACACUUGUGCUCAUGAGCCACUCGACGACUUUGAACGAAGCCUAUGAGAAUUCCGUCGAGACAAACAUCUGGCCUCGCCCCAAACAAGCCGGAGAGCUGUUGCGUCGACAUUACGGCGCUCAGACUGACAGCCCAUUCCUCGCUCUCGAUAUCCUCGUUCCAGAUGGCGCGUUGUCUGCGUUCAAUCCAACGCGCUUGCAAGACAUCAAUCGCUUUGUCACUUCGGGAUUCACGCCCUCGGGGGACCUCAGCGGAUACAAGGCGAGGGAGAGAAUACCCAGACACAGCUCCUAUUACAGACAAGACUACACGGCUAAUAUACAAGUAUGUACAAGUUUAUCGUGCAUUUACAAGUUCUCCGACGCGUACAUAUCACAUCCAACAGCCCUUAUCUUUGCGGUCCAUCAUCCAAGCAGCAAGCAACCUGGCUCUCAACGUCCGAACGGGCCAGCGCUUCAAGGACGGCAACCACCGGACCUGUCUCCUGGCCCUCAUCUGCACCUCGCAGAACACGGCAUCGUGCUGACCUCCUCCUUCCACGUCUACCGCGCCUACGUCAUCGUCAGCGCGCGGUUCCACCCCGGCAACGAAUCCAACUCGCUCGAUCCCGCCGCACACGCCGACGCAGUCUCCCGGCUCGUCCGAUACCUGCGCCGCCGGGCGGUCCGGCGCGUGCCCGACGCCGGGUACAUCGACGACCUGGCCGAGACGGUCCGGCAGCUCCCGGUCGUCAUCUCGCACGUCGAAGACCUCGCAGCGCGGCUUCGCGGAGGCGAUGCCGUCUCCUUGCACUGGGCACACAAGAUCCUCCUGAGAUGGACGUUCCCCGAAUUCACCCGGGGCCGGGCCAAGCUUCGUUAAUCGGCGGCGGAGGCCGCACUGUCACUCAAACACGCACUGGCCCCCCGCUCCCAGUCCAGGAUCAUCGCCUGCAUGUCGAGCCACCGGGGCUUCCUGUGCGCGAGCCGCACGCGGGCGUCGUUCCCCGCCAGCCGCGCGAGCGCCGCGUGGCCCGAGUCCUCCGUCGCGCGAUGCACGGGAUGCGAGUUCCUGCGCGGGGCAGCAGCGUUCGCUUCGACUUCGACUUCGACUUCGACGACGACGCGGGCGAGCCGGCGCAGCGCGGUGUCCUCGAGCGCCUGCUCGAGGUCGUCCGAGGAGCAUGCUGCGUGCGGGAUGACGAGGCACGACAGGGACGGCGCCGCGUGGCCGAUGGUCUGUAACAGCACAC